UGAGUUCACGGCCAAGGAGGUCAGUGAGUUCCUGCAAAGUGAGACCAAGGAGAUUCAAGAGAAAAUUAGCGACCGCAUGAACAGAGCUGCACAAGCCAUGUACUCACAGAUUCAUGAGAUAAUGACAGCAAAGACUUUGAUUGAUGGAAGGAGGAGUGGAAAGUUGGAUGCAUGA